UCCAGGAAGGCGAAGGCAUGACCCGCCCUGCUUUUCCUUCUGAUUGGCUGGUCAAUCGUUGCUUGGUCUGGUUGGAUUGGUUAGGUUCACGCAAGAUGAAUGCUAUUGGUUAGGGAUAAGGCAAGAAUGGCAGGGUAAGCCAAUCGGAGGAAGAGUAAGUGAGAGUAGGGCGGGAGAUGUCGUCGCCAUCCUAGGGGAAAAGUGCUUGACUCCCGUGUACAGGACAGUAUGGCAAAAUUCGUGCUUGCUGGUAAAGCAGACUGUCCACAUUAUGCUAAAGUGGAACUAUUAGCAGACCGUUUGCAGCGAUGUCUGCCAAACUUCAGGAUCCAAAAGAUCUCAAUCCUCCCACAUGAAUGGAAGGAAUGGCUGGAGGCCACCUGCAGAAGAAAUGGCUGGAAACACGAGCAGUCCCCUUUGGUCUGGAGGGAACUGGUGGACCAUGGGGGGAAAGGGAUUUUGUUAGGGGGCUUCAGUGACUUCCUAGAGCAUUGUCAGGACUACUACAACAUCACAUCAGACAUGUCUACGGAUAAAAUGCUAAGUGUUGCUGCAGAGAAUCUGGAGACCAAGAUGAAUGUUAUUGCAGAGGAGCAACAUCGUGUCAGUCUGGUCAAACCCCUUCACAUCUGGAUCAGCAGUGCUCUCUGCUCAACCUGCCACUUCCUGAUCCCUUAUCUGCUCUCUGCUGAGGUGUUCCCCCAUGUGUCCGCAAUAAGCCUCCAUCUACUGGACCUGGAAGGGAACAUGGAGGAAUUGCAGUGGCUGAGGAUGGAGACGGAGGACCUGGCACUCGGUCUGCUCCAUCAAGUGACCAUUCACACAGAUCUGGAACAGGCCUUCCGAGAGGCGGAUGUCAUUCUACUGCUGGAUGAGGGGUGGUCGGAAGACAGUGACGGAGAGAAUGAGGAGGAAAUGAAGAAGGAAAUGGUUAAGGGAAUCUCUGGCAGGUACAGAGAGUACGGACUACUGAUCGACACGAUGGCCAACAAGGACGUGAAGGUGAUCGUGUCUGGUGACUCAUUUCUGAACCUGAGAUGCUCCCUUCUUUUGGACAAUGCACACUCCAUUGACAGCCACCAGUUUGUCACCGUGGCAACUCAACUGGAGAAUGAAGCCAAGGCUAUCAUUGCAAAGAAGCUGAAAGUGAGGACCUCAGAUAUUGCAAAUGUCAUUGUCUGGGGAAAUAUCAGUGGCAGUUUCUACGUUGACCUGCAGAGGGCAAAGGUUUUCAACUAUGCCGGGGCAAUCAAAGGACCAGCUUUCUUCUCCCAACCAGCCAAAAGCAUUCUCCAAGAAAGGAAAUGGUUGGAAACAGACUUUCAAAACUUGGUACGUUGUCGGCGUGCAGCUGUGACUUCAAAGACCCGCCGAGCAGCUGCCAUGACGGGGGCCAACGGGGUGCUUGCUGUCCUAAAGGCUUGGAAUGGCAUUUGUAGUCCAGAUGAGGUCUUUUCUAUUGGUGUACUUUGCCCAGGGUACCACAAUCUCCCAGAUGGCAUCGUUCUCUCAAUCCCAGUAACCUUUACAGGCGGUAGAUGGUCCCUGCUGUGUGAUGUGACUGUUGGAGACGAGUUAAAGGAGAGACUUCAGCUUUCUGCAAGGGAACUCUGGCAAGAAAAAGAACUUGGAUCAGAAAAUUGCACAGCUGUUAUAAAGUAGACAGUUGAUAGGUGUUAAAAAUGUGCAUAACGGGCGCCUUGGUAGCUCACCUGGUAGAGCGUGUGCCAUACACGCGGGCUCGGUCCUCGACUCAGCGACUUGCAGCAAUGGGCCUCAGGAUGGAGCCCAACCUGCAGCCCUUUGCUGCAUGUCAUUCCCCUUCUCUCUCCCAUUUCAUGUCUAAAGCUGUCCUGUCAGAAAAAUGCCAUGAACAUCUU